GACUUUUUUUUCUUUCCUCGAGGGUCGUCGUCUUCGCGCUUCUCUCCUCCUCGCGGCGAUCUCGUGGAGCGAAUUCGAUCCUUGCUUCGUCUCGGCCAACGUCACCCGAAUCGAAUUCCAAUCGGAUCGAUCAUGUACGGGUCGAGAGGGGCAAUGAUGGGAAGCGGGGGGGUUUCGGACGGGUACGAGGGCACAAAGAGGCAACGAAUGAUGGACUCCAAUCCCUACUUCGCAGUGAGCAGCGGGAGUGCUUCAGAUGGCUUCGGUGCCGGCUCGAAGAGACCAAGGACUAUGGAUCCAAAUCCCUACUAUGCCGGUAUUGGUGCCAGCAGCUUCUACCAGCCAUACAGCAGCAGCUACAAUGGUGGAAGCAGCAGCAUCUAUAACUUUCCUGUGGUUCGCCUGAGAGGCCUGCCCUUCAACUGCGACGAUCUCGAUAUAUGCAAGUUCUUUGGCGGUCUGGACAUUGUGGACUGUCUGUUGGUGAACAAGAAUGGGCGCUUCUCAGGUGAGGCUUUUGUUGUUUUUCCAUCACCCAUGCAGGCCGAGUUUGCUCUCCAGAGGGACAGACAGAACAUGGGCCGCCGGUACGUUGAAGUCUUCCGGUGCAAGAAGCUAGAUUACUACAAUGCUAUUGCUGUCGAGGUCAACGAUGGAUCCUUUGAGAAUGAAUACCACCAUAGCUCACCUCCCUCUCAUCCGAAGAGACCAGCCGAGGACAAAGACCAGAUGGAGUGCACCGAGGUCCUGAAACUUCGGGGGCUCCCAUACUCUGCAACCCAGGCAGAUAUCGUGGACUUCUUUGGGGAGUUUGAUCUGAGUGAAGAGAAAGUGCACAUUGUCUGCCGCCCCGACGGCAGGGCAACCGGGGAGGCAUAUGCUGAGUUCCCAUCGGCAGAGAUGGCCAAAAAGGCUAUGCGCAAGGAUAAGAUGAUGAUCGGGUCAAGGUACGUGGAGCUGUUUCCUUCAUCCCCUGAGGAGGCAAGGAGAGCCAAAUCCAGAUCCAGGCAAUGAUUUGUGUUUAAUAGAGGGAAGGUGUAGGUUGCUUCUAGUGCUGCUGCCUCCUUUUUCUUUUUAGUUCUUUGGUUCUGCUAGAUAUAAACUGAUUGUUAUUAUUGAACCGUGACAAAUGUUUGAUGGUGUACGAUACAAUCAUGUAGUGAUUUUUGUUCUUGCAUUAA